UGAUGUAUUCUGACCAUUUUAGUUACUUUGCUGGGUUUCUUAUUGAAAGAAUAUGUUUAUUUUAGGUAAAUCCAGGAAGUAAAGCAUCACAUGCUGGCAUAAGAGAAGGAGAUUUGAUUACAUCCAUAGGAGGGAAAAGCACUAAAGGAAUAUCAAAUGCAGACGCACAUGGACUAUUAAGGGCCGCAGAAGGAGGGAAACUAGUGCUAGGGUUAAACGAGGAGUCUGGAGGUUCACCUAAACGUCGCCAGUACAAAACUAUUCAUCAAGAGAUAUUGCAGGAGACUGUGAAACGAUCAAACGUGACUACCUACUCGGUGAAGCAGACGACGGAAUCAUCUCCAACGAAUCGAAACAACGAAAACUCAUCAAGUAGUAACGAAAAGACAAUAAACGGUACCUCGAAGAAUAUACCCGUAGGCAACACAAUAGUUUUACAGAGAUCUACAUUGUGUUCGAGUCCGUCUACUUCCUCUUCAUCAUCCACACUAAAAGAAGAUCUCAAGAAUACUUCAACAGAUAAUGCAGAGGCAUCCCGUAGAUCUUCAUAUACGAAUUGUACUUUGAGUCCUUCCACAGGAUCCUUGUUUUCCGAAGACGGAUACUUUAGUUGCUGCGAACAGAGCAUGGACGAUUCCCAAAGAAAUUCCUCAAAGUCCAAAAAACGAAGGAAUAGAAAACGAAAUCGUAAGGUUAAUGGAACUAACACUCAAAAUGUUACUGAAACCAACGAUAACAGCAAUCAACCAUCGACAAGCAGCAAGACUGAAGAAAUUAGUAAGAAAGGUUUUGUGAAGAUAGUGAUUGAGGACUACAUAGUACAUUCUCCAAAAGAACUCAGUAAAGAUUCAAAAUUAGCGAACAAACCUGUUAAAAGCCGAAGCUUAGAUGACGAUGAAAUGGUAAAAAUACAAGAACUUUCUGACAUCAAUGGAGCAGAUGAUAAGGAUAAAGGAGCACAAGUCAUCAUCACAGAAGCCGCCUCUGAAAGUGAAGCUGAGCUCGAAAAAGAACCUCAAACCUCAGCGCCUGCAGCUUCAGAAGAGGACUCUUCAUUACGAAGCUACCUUCAAGGACUAAACUUAUCGGCUACUCCUGAAGAAACACCUCAGGAAACCUACGAACGAAUUGCUGCAACUCCUCUGUUGUCCGUCGAAGAAGAAGAAUCUCUAAGAAACUUUCUCCAAGGUUUGAAUCUAGUUACCGGCCCAGAGGAAGCUGCACAGAAUGUCUAUGAAACUUCAAGCAACGAGUCGAUCAAGCAACGAAAAGCGAGAAAGAAAGCUGAGAUUGAACAGUACUUCCUACCCAUCAGUCAAAACCCAAGGUUCCUGGAGGCAAUAAGUGAAGAAGCUAGUGACAGGGAUAGUGACAGAGAACAGACUGAUCUAAAGAAACAUUUGAAACAAGGUACUCCUGAGUUAGAUCUACCUCCUAAAGCACCGCCAAGGCCGAAUAGAGAUAGAAGGAGGAGCCGUUUUAACCAAACGGAAGAGCAAGCAGUACUAGUGGACGCAAGAAUUGUCGAUACCGAUAAUAUACAAGGGAUUUGUAGCACAAUGCAAACAGAAGAAGCAGCUUCAGGUGUUGAGGUAGUUUUUCUUUCAUCUGGUACCAGUACUCCAGAAGAACAUAGUACGAGUAGCAAUAGUUACGUACUAGGUGAUGAAAAUGCUAGUAGCGUUGAAGAUGUUAGUACGUCCACCUUAGAAGUACAGAACAACGAAAAUGAAAAUAACGAAAACGAAGUCAAAGAUAACGAAUUUAGAGAAGCUAACGAUCGAAUCGAAAGUAAACACGAUACCUCAAGAGAGACUGUAAGUAAAAUGGUAAAUGGUACUAACACUGAAAAGGAAGGUUCUAAUAACAUUAUAGUAUCCUCAGAUGCAGCAAAUCCCAGCAGUAAGCCUGAAAACAUAAUUAGUGAUAAUAAAACUGUUGACGCAGACUUACUCACUCAAUUAACUCCUCCCCCUACACCUGAAGAUGUGUCACCAAAAAGUGAGAAAACAGCUGAAACAACCAAUACAAAAUCUACCCGUCAAGACGAUCACUUUAUACAUGUAUACAAUAAUGCUUCCAAAGAAGAUAUGUAUAAACGUUUCAUUGACAAUCACCAAAUAAAAAAGAAGGAAGAAUGUUCUCUUCGAACGUACGUGAAAAGUACUGAAAGCACUGUCAAUGUUUGCAAGAAGACUGAACAGACAUUUAAAUGUGAGAAGAAAAAUAUUCUAAAAGAAGAAUCUAGGGAAGAUAUGUUGAAUACGAUGACUGGAAUAAAAAAGGCUAUUGUGGAAGAAAAUGAUAUAGAUCGUAGAUUUGGUUUAGCUAAAGUAGAAGAUGGAAAUAAGAAUGCGAAAGAGUUAGGCUCAAUGAACUCUACCAAUACGAAAAUGUCGAGUGUAGAUGAAUCACGAGAAACAGAAAUUCCUGUUAACGAAUUAGUAACAGAAGAAUCUGUUGGCAUUAACCACGAUGCUUUUAUGCAACAAACACUCGACGAUUCAACGCCAUCACCUCCUCCAAGUAAGCAAGAUCCACUGAUUGAAACUAAAACUGUUACCAGUAGUAAUGUAGGAAUAGUAAAGAAGAGUGAUAGUAGGACCGUGGAGCAAAAUAGUAAAACAACUGGCGAGCUUUCGUCACAGAAUGAAAAACUCAUCACCAGAGGACAGCAUGAUAGGGCAGAAAAUAAUAUAGAAGAGGAACUCGUAGUCGAGGUGAAACCUGUCGAUAAGGUGGGAGAACAUAAAGAAAAUUCUACUCGAACUUUCAUGGAAAAUAAAGACACUAUAAAUGUAAAUAAAACUAGUUCCUCGGAAGCUGAUAUUAUCCUCAACAUAACGGAUGUAGGGUCUCCGCUAGCUCGUCCACCAAUGUGCAAGGAUGCUAUAUUGCAUGAUACGCAUAAUAUCAGAAAUGAAAGCAACAUUGUUAAAGCUGAAUUCAUAAGAAGAAACGUGAUGAGCCCUCCACCUAGACCACCUAUGUACAAAUGUAAUACUAUGAACGAAACUGAUGUAAUCAAACAAGGUGGGAUUAUGUCUCUUAGGAGUCCAGUUCUUAUAGAGGAUAGAAGUAACGAUCUAAUGAGUCCACCGCCUCGUCCACCCAUGUACGAAGAAAUACAUCCGCAUCAGUCAAGGGAGCUCAUUAGUGUGACUGAAAUGAAGAAAACUGGCAAGACUUCAUUAACUCCUCCGCCACCGCCACCUAGAUCGUCGUCAAGUAGCUCAAGUAGAGGCAGUUCACUAUGUACUGCAAAAUACAAUCCUACCACCUCAUCUGCAUCCGACAUAGCUUCUCUCAUAGCUGAAGAAACUCAUCAACAUUGCCAUCAGCCACUAACACUGAGAGAGCUAUGUCUCAAAUGCCUGUUAAAGCUUCCUUUUGGUGCCGAUAUUCUUCAGGAACUAGCCGAGACUUCAAAGUCCAUGGUGUCAUAUACUGACAUCUUAUCCAGUAAAUAUUUUUCAAAAUUUGCAUCUAGUGAGGCAAUGAUUAAUAAGAUCUCUUCUGAUAUUUCAGUUCGAACACAUUCACAAGAUAUGUCUGGAGAAAGAACCAUACCUAUUAGUAAGGAAUGGAAAGAGAGUCCCUAUGAUAGGGUGAGAAGGUUUGGACGAAGUCUGGAUAGUUUUGCAGGACUGAGUAAACCUUCUAAAGAAGAAUGUGUGAAGAGCUUAACUGAAAUAGAUAUACUGAGAGAGACCGAGGAUUUACAGCGGUGUAAAAACAUACACGUAGAAAGGAAUAUUCCAAUCUCAAAAGAUUGGUCAUAUACAGCAGUAAAUCAGGGUGAUCUAGACAGUAAAACAGAUAUACCUGUAUUUAGAGACUUGAUACAAGGCAUGAGAAAAACAGAAGUUGUGAAAGAAAUGGAUGGAGAAGUUGUGGUAGAUACAAGUAUUCCACCAACUAAAGAAGAUAUCACUGAGCAACAAUCAAAACCCGCUAAAACUGAAUAUAACAUACCCAUAACAAAAGCAUGGGAAGAAAAGUGCUCAAAGCUCAAAGAAGCUAUCGCUAACUCAGAAAAUCAACAUCUCCCAGCUAAAGAGUUCACAAUACCAGUAGAAAAAGAGUGGAGAGGCGCAAAAAAGUCAGUGGAAGGUCACGGAAAUAAAGAAGUUAUCAUACCAGUUGCGAAAGAUUGGCAGAAUCAGCAAUCGAGCAAAGAAUUUCACCAAAGUAAGCUACAAAAGACUAGCUUGAAUCAGAUAGAAAAAACUAAAACGAUUCAUACAGUAUCUACUGGAGAUAAGACAAAGAAACAAGAGUGUAGGAAUCCAAAAGAGUUUAUUGUACCUAUUAUGAAGGAGAUAGGAUCUGAUCCUACUUGUGCAAAGUCCAAGGAAGUUAUUAUCCCAAUAAUUCAGGAAACAAAGCAACAAAAAUUGAGUAGAGUUACAGGCAACAGCAAAGGUAUUGACACAAAUUUUAAAGAAGUCAGCAUACCAAUCAUACAAAAUGGGGAGACAAGUGGACAAGAUCAUUCUGCCGCAAAGGGCAAAGAAGUGUUAAUAUCUAUAGUACGAGAAAGUAAAGAUCACCAACGCCGUGAUGUCAGUGCAUCAACAGAAGUGCAAAACUCAACCCAAGGCUCUAACAAAACUAGAGAAGUAAACGAAUUUUCAAUUCCAAUCACUCGAGAAAGUGAAAGGAAGCACAAAAACACCGUAGGAACUAAACAUGUAAAUUUUGCUCCAAUGGCAGGAGAUCAAAAAGCGUCUAAACAAGUUAUUAUACCCAUCGCGCAAGAAAAGCAUAAGGGAAAAGAAGUAAAUGUGCCGAUAUCCAGAGACUGGGUUGGGCUUCCUUCAGAAAAAGACCCGAACCACUUGCUGUGCCUUUCACCAAAGCAAAAGGAGGAGCUUGAAAAAUGCAGGAAGGUACCAGAAGAGGCAGAUAAGCUACUUGACCUGCACGAAAAGUACUACCAACGAACCACUUCUGAGGAAUUAAAAAAAACGCCGUCACACGAAAAUGUUACUAUUACCAGUAUUCAACCAAUACCCACCACUAAUCGUCUCCUAACAAUCAUCCGAGAAGAACCAUCUACUAACACCGAAGAUCCGGAAUUCCUAUAUUUCGUCGAAAAAGACCCCAGACCGCAAAGGGCACAGCACAAAAGCCUGGAAGUACUGAACACUGAAACGUCAAGACCCCACAACACGUUACCAAGGAUAAACAGCGCUGAUAACGCCAGACUCCGCGCAAAAAACCUGAACGAAUGGCUGAAUCUAGCAAGGAACAAGAGCAUGAGCGAAAGUAACUUGAGCACUGCAUUCGACGUGCCCGAAAAUAACCUGCGUAAUAUGUGCAAUCCGCCACAGGCGCCGCACCGUCGAACGUCCUUGCCGAAUGAACGCCUAGAACGUCAGAUGAUUCACCUUCAAGAGAAAGAAAGGGAGAUCCAAAAGCAAUUGGAGGAGUUAGAGGAGGAAAGACGGAGGCUCAACGCCGAAAUGGCGCCCUCUAAAGAGUUCCACCCGGAGGAUUACCGGUACUCCCGGAAAGGAGACUUCGCUGAGAGUAAGCAGAUGCCUACUUCAACACCUGCAAUGCCUACUGAGUUUUUCCGCCAGCAGAUGUACGAAGAAUUUUUGGAUAAGUUUGCUGAGAGGCAAGAGAGGAGACAACAGAAGGUGAUCAAGGUUUCUUCGGCUAAGGAUGAAUCUAAAGAAGACAAGCCUAAAGAGGUUAUACAUCCUGUUCAAAUUGAAGAUGAGUUCAUGGAGAAAGUACACCAGAAGCAAGAACAAGGGAAGCUGGAAAAGAUCAGAAGCUUGGACAAAGAAUCGAGCGCUGAAAAAGAGAAGGAUGAGGCGGAACCGAAGCUUAUCAUUGACGGCAAAGAAGUGAAAAGGAAAAAGAAACUGCCUAAGCAUUUGCAAGAAUUCGUAGACAUAACGAAGCAAACUUCCACGUCCAGCGACGGCGUAUGGUCGCCCGGUCAACACGAAGAGUACAAAGAAUCUCCCAAAGAAUAUCAACCGUCAACCAGAAGUCACCAAGAUGACAGCAGUGGUCUUCCUCCUGUAUGGACGCCAAAGAGCGCAACUUCCAGUCCGACUGUGGAAAGGAAGGAGUUCAAACCUGUCAAUUUCCAGUCGCCAGUAUUAGGUAGAAAACAUAGGACUCAGUCAGAGAGUUUAGGUCCAGAAAGUCCGUCUUCGGAGCUCCCUUGGAAAGUUCCGGACUACAGCAGUGACUCCGGAUUUCCAGCCUCCCGCUUCGACAAACGGCUCCCCACCAGCCAUUCCUCCCCCGCUUCGGGUUUUAACGAGCUUUCCACCCCCACGCCACGUCUUCCAAAGGCCCAGAACCCUACGAUCACUCUUUUACAAAAAGCAAGAGAGGGUCAUUUACCAAGAGGUCCAAAUUACAUCGAAGUAGAAUCAAAACCAUUCAGGCCAAGAAACGAUAGACCGCCCAUUGCAAGUCCUGGAGAAGUUUUGUACCAAAUAAAACACGAAUAUACUAGCGACUCCGAAACCGACAGACCACGAAAAAUGGCAGACCUGGGCCCACGAAAAUUCGAAGGUGUCGGCCCUGUCACGAAGGAUGGCAUGCCUGUGAUACUUAGAUCGGAAGUAAAGGACCAAAAUCAGUCAAAGUGGUACAAAAAGAUGUACGACACUAUACAUAAGCAGAGGCCUCGGCACGACGAAUAUGUCACGGUUCGAUACAAACAGAGAAGAGCACAAUAUCCGUACUCUUCUGGUUAUCUCUCAGAGCCGGAGCCUGGUGCGUACGACAGCGAUUUCACCGACUACAAGUACCAGACAUUGGAUAGAAGGAAGCCCAUGACUGAAAGGAUCGACUAUUCUACCUCAACUAUGCCACGUAGCAUGCCCAACAGGUCUUCCUCUUCAGAUAUUUUAAGAAAUUCUCACGAACAGUACAAAAAUCAACCGGGCAGAAUAGAAAACUAUACGCCAGGCCACUCGUCUAUUUCCGAGAAGGAAGCUAAGGAGUGGUGGGAUGAAGUCAUGGACAUCUUUGACGGGCACUUGGAGCAACAAAAACGGGUACCAACGCAUCAUCAGCAGCCGCAUGGAUUCAUGAGCCAAGCAUUUAAAGAAUCUGGCUAUGAAAGCGAUUCAACGCUAGUCUUCCGAAGACGCGAAGAAGCCCAGCAACUGAACCCCAGGGAGCAACGAGAAGCCUACAAGACCAUCCAAAAAGGGGGCGAUGUUCCGCUAUACGGCCUACGAAAACCUGCCCCAGAAAGACCUAAAGAGCCAGAACCGCCUUUACCACCACCAAAAGGAUUGCGCAUCGACAGUAUGGAAGCAGAAUCACCUCGGAAGUAUGUGGAGAACGAGGUGACCAUCCACUACCGCACCCCGGUCCGGCAAGAGGUGAAGGGGUACCUGAGCGAAGACGAGUUGGCCCAAAGACACGCGAACACCGCUCGACGAGUCUACGACGAAGAACGAAGGAAAAAGUACCUGCAGGUUAGCAAGUCCCUCCAUGAACUCCAAGACAUGAACUCCCGAAGGCACACAGACAACUUUACACCGUCCCAAAAGUCUCCGAUUUCCCUAAACCGAUACGACGACUUUGAUGACCUAGCGGUCCCCGCGAAACCCAGGCCUAGAUCACCAGAACCACGGCUAGUAGCCAAAGCCCUAUACAACUUCGUAGGCCAAACAGCCCGGGAACUAACGUUCAGGAAAGGAGAUCUGAUCUACGUAAGGCGACAGGUGGACAAGAAUUGGUAUGAAGGUGAACUGAACGCGAUGGUUGGACUGUUUCCCGUCAAUUAUGUUGAGGUAAGAAAAUAAUUGCCUGCUAUUAAGAUAAUUAAUGACAACUGUAGCGAUUAUGAAACCGAAUCUAUGCAGCUUUCUCUCAAUAUCGCGAAACGAGAUUCUGCAGAUUUCCUGUCAUUCGAUCUAGAUAUCUGGUUUGGUUAUACGUAUACAGGGUGACCCAGAAUAAGAUUGUAAUACAUAACGAAAUCAAAAAUGAAGAAUCAACUUCAUAUAAAAAAUGUUGCGGAGA